GACACCACAAUGUUCUGCGCAGCGUCUGCGGGCAUGUCAUCGCCACUGUGUUCCUAGACGACCCGGCGAAAUAGGGACUUCCAUAUCGUGCGCGCUAUCAGGGAGCCGGGCAAGCCGCUCAGCUUCGCCUCGUGCUAACUUUAAGUCGCAGGUAUUUAGCUACUGCGUCGUGGUAUGUAGCACCCACGUCCCACGACUCGCUAGCACCUCCGCUACACCAUGAGUCACCAUAGGAAGCACCAACCACGGGGAAAUUUACAGAACAAUCCCAGUUCGAUCCCACAUGCCCUGAAAACAGAAACGCUCAGUGAUCGAAGCAAGUAGUCGAGACAUGGCUUUCUACCAAGAUGCCUGUCGCUUUGCUCCCCCUUCCGCCGGACCUGACAGAGAGGAUACCACUCGAUGUCCAUUUGCAAGUCAUCGAAUGGCUCACUGGCGAUCCACGCAGCCUGUGCAACUGCGCCUCAUCGGGUUCCGAACACGCGCGUGUCCGGGAGCGCCUGGCAGAUACUCUUGAGUUAGUCCUUACUCGAGGUUCAGGACGUGCCUCCGAGUCGCUCACCGUGACGUUUGUUGAAUGUCUUCCCGCCCCCCUCCACCACCUAUUCCUCUCAGCCCUUCACGCAUGCGAACGCGUCACGAACCUGACACUCUACGGCGUGAUGCUGGAGAGCCACAAGGACCUGGUGCGCAUCAUCCGCGCCGUUCCGCAACUCCAUCGACUAGCACUUGAAGGGGACCUACGUUUCCAUCGUGCAAUUCCAGUCGCCCAGGCGCAAGACCCUGCUGUGCGCUCUGACGAUGCCCUAGGGCGCCGAUCGACCCGCAGCCUUUUGAAGCACCUACGCGUCACUGUCUCGAACAAGGACAGCCUCAUUUCGCUCGUCGACUGCCUCAUACAUUCAUCAUUGUGCGUGUGCGUCGAACAUCUGGAGUGCAGCAUCGCGGGGAAACAUGUAGCCGCUCUCAAUAACCUGCUCAGAGCGAUAGGGCCAUCCUUGAGACACUUCCGGGAGCUACCCGCCCUGACCGAGACGUUUGCCCAUUUGGAUCUACAUCGCAACACGUCCUUGGCGACGGCCGCAGUACUCGGUUUGGAGGGUGUCUUCUCAUCCAUCCAUAGCCCAAACAUCACGCACAUCACCUUGCAGUUCAACGAACAUCCACCGACCAAGCGAUCCCAACUUGCAGGAUCUGCGACGACAUCCGCCAGCGACACAUAUGACGGGGUGCGAAUCCCUUUGCACGAAGUGAUGGCUAUGCCUGUCUUCGACGGCCUGCGCAUAGUCGAAGUCGGAGUCGAAGUCUACCGAACGGAGCCUCGGGAUGUAGCGUCAACGUUGUCUGUGCUACUUACCCCAUGGGAGGAGCGUGGAAUCAUCCGUUAUAGUGGGGACGGGUUGAGUACUAGAUGCGGGUAGGUUGGCAGUUCAUGCAUGGCCAAGCAUGUGAAUAUCUGGCACGUAGAUGGUAAUGUAGACCUGCGAAGACUCAACUCUCAGCGCUCCUUGCUCAAGCACCUUCAAUCUGUGACAGUCGCAUCUGAGUCUGGAGUGCACGGUCUGGUAUGUGGCAGUGUGUCGGAGACACGUUCAACUAGCAACUACUGGCGGAAGACGCAUUCAAUCCGGAGUCGCUCCCGGGACUCCCGAGAGACGCCAGAGCUUCUCGCUCGGCAUUAUUUGAAGAACUUCUUCUCAAACGUAAGGUCGUCGUAGCUUGAGCAGUUGCACUAAGAGACUGCCUGGUUCGCUUCAUAUCGGGGUGGUAAUUCAAGCAACAGCUUGACGCAGCGGAAACGAUUCGUACUUAGUAGCUACUACUCAAGAUCGGAUAGUAUCAGACAAGUACUGUACAUUGGAAACCCCUCCACUGCACUGUCAAUCCAAGCACUCGUCGGUCUCGAGAUCCGCCUCCAAA